GCGAUCUGGCGGUGCAGACUAAAGAACAUACAUUUGCACAUCCUUUCAUUUUUACUUUCCAUCCCUACUCUACGAACCUGAAUUGGAAGCAUUAAUCUCCCCUCCUCCAAACUUCACAUCCGGGUCACCCACUAGUAGCCUAUCUCCUGUGUCUUGCCUGUGUGUGUGUGACAGCGUAGUUCUCCACCCAACUGUACUGCAGACCUCUACCCUAAUGCGCUGCAUGCUAGACAGAUACUAUGCCUGGCAUGUGUCGGUGAUGGAGCUACCGUCGGCGCUCUGAGCUGGUGAGAGCCGAGACCUGCAUGACACACACAGGCGGGGAUGAGACGAUAGACUGUCGGAUAGGCACCCCGGCUUGAUAAGACUAGCUCAAUGAUGUCCAAUAGCCUGAAGAAAAAAAAUCACUGGACCAACAAAGUCCACGAAGCGGUUGUCAUCAGGAGCAAAGAAGGGGAAUUUGGCUUCGAGCUGAGGGGGGGCGCGGAGAUUGGGCAGUUCCCCUACUUCGGCGAGGUGAAACAAGGCAAAGCGGCUGUCCAGAGCGGCAAGCUGGCUCAGAGUGAGUUGCUGCUGGAGGUCAACAACACAGCGGUGGCUGGGCUCACCACCCGGGAUGUUCUGGCCGUCAUCAAACACUGCAAAGACCCGGUCCGCUUCAAGUGUGUCAAACAAGGAGGCGUGGUGGAUAAGGACCUUCGGCACUACCUCAACCUGCACUUCUCCAAGGGCUCCGUGGACCACGACCACCAGCAGAUUAUCAGAGACAACCUCUACCUCCGCACCGUGCCCUGUACCACCCGGCAGCCGAAGGAAGGAGAGGUGCCGGGGGUGGACUAUAACUUUGUGAGCACAGAGCGCUUUAUGGAACUGGAGCAAAGUGGAGCCCUGCUAGAGAGUGGAACCUAUGAAGAGAACUUAUACGGUACUCCCAAGCCCCCAGCCGAGCCCAGUCCGGCGGCCCCUCCACUGAAUGUGAGUGAGGUGCUGCUUCCCGGAGCCCGGCCCAGCAUCCAGGGCAAGAGGAAGAGGAACCAGUCGGUCAGAAACAUGCAGCGACAAGCCAGCCUGGAGCCGCCCGAGGAAGAAGAGGAAAGCAGCCCCCCCGUGGUCAAUGGGAACGGGGUGGCCAUCACACCAGAGACAAGCGAGCAUGAGGACAAGAGCACAGAUGGGUCGGGGGAGGUUUCUGUGGUGGAGGCCCCAACACUGCCCCCUCCCGCCACUGAGCCCCCCACAGAGGGAGAGGAGCCCCCUGACGGGGACUCCCCCAAAUCACCCCCCAAACUCCCCGAGGGGGAUGAGGAGGAACUGGGACCCCUGCCUGACAACUGGGAGAUGGCCUACACAGAGAAAGGAGAGGUCUACUUCAUAGAUCACAACACCAAAACCACAUCAUGGCUGGAUCCUCGGCUGGCAAAGAAGGCCAAGCCACCUGAGGAGUGCAAAGAGGACGAGCUGCCAUAUGGCUGGGAGAAGAUUGAUGACCCUAUCUAUGGCAGUUACUACGUAGAUCCUAUUCCCUGCAGCCACAUCAACAGAAGGACACAGUUUGAGAACCCCGUCCUAGAGGCAAAGAGACGACUGGAGCAGCAGCAGCAGAUGCAGAGCCAGGGACUGUCAGCUCUGCCCUUACCUACUAUUUACAGAGAGAAGCCCCCGUUCACAAGGGACCCCACACAGCUGAAGGGCUCCUUCUUAUCAACGGCUCUCCAGAAGAGCAACAUGGGAUUUGGCUUCACCAUCAUUGGAGGGGACGAGCCAGAUGAGUUCCUGCAGGUCAAGAGUGUCAUACCUGAGGGCCCAGCCGCACAGGAUGGGAAGAUGGACACAGGUGAUGUCAUAGUCUACAUCAAUGACAUCUGUUGCCUGGGCACAACGCACGCCGACGUGGUCAAACUCUUCCAGUCUGUGCCCAUCGGCCAGAGCGUCACCCUGGUCCUCUGCCGGGGAUACCCCCUACCAUUUGACCCCGAGGACUCUAUUGGGGCGUCCACCGGCGCCUCCCUGACCACCAUGGGCCUGGAGCACCGACCCCUGGUGGUGAAUGGGCGCAGUAGCUACGACCCUUACCUGGAGUACCUCUCCCUGAGCUCCCAGCUCCCUCCCCAGGCUCUAACACAGCCCGGGGCACCCCACCUUGAUGGGUCCUCGCUACCUCCCACUAACGCCAGGUCUGCACAGGCCAUGACACCGCACGACGAUAACAUCUCCAUGGCAUCGUCGGGGGCGACAGGGAUUGCCGGGGGCGUGAUCCAGGGGGCAGAACUGCUGACCGUAACCAUUGUGAAGGGGGCGGAGGGGUUCGGAUUCACCAUCGCCGACAGCUCCACUGGGCAGUGUGUCAAACAGGUGUUGGAGCCGGGUGUGCAGGGCGGAGUGGGUCUGAGUGAAGGAGACCUAAUCCUGGAGGUGAACCAGCAGGGUGUUGUGGGGGCAGGACAUGGACGUGUGGUGGAGCUGCUAAAAGAGUGUUCUGUCGGAGCCGAGGCCACGCUACUCAUACAGAGAGGAGGAGGGGCCAGUCACCUCUCUCCAUGGAAGACCUCCAAACAGCUACCAGAGCAGUGGGACCCCCAUGGUAGUCCCCAGACCAGCCUGUCAGUCCCAGUGCUUCCCACAGGCAUGCCCUUCCCUACCCAGCCACAGCACAGCACCUCGGUCCCCGACUCUACAGAGGGCUUCGACCUCAACAAGCCCGACCCAUACGACCUCUAUGAGAAGUCCAGGGCCAUUUAUGAGAGUAGGCGUCCAGAGUAUCAGGAUGUGGAGGUGCACCUGUUGAGGGAGAAGACUGGGUUUGGCUUCCGCAUCCUGGGGGGAGACGAGGCCGUGCAGGCUGUGAGUCCGGACGCCCGUGACAAGAUUGUGAUCGGGGCGAUCAUAGAGAACACUCCUGCAGAACGCGACGGACGACUUCGACCCGGGGACGAGCUCGUCUCUGUGGAUAAGAUGGUGGUUGCUGGGAAACCACACAGAUACGUGAUCGACCUGAUGCACGCCGCCGCUCGCAAUGGCCAGGUCAGCCUGGCAGUCCGGAGGAGAGUCCACUUCCCCAGUGAGGUGUUAGGGGUGAACGGCCGUAGCCCUGGCUCCGUGUCCACGCAGCACAGCUCCCCACACAGCGACGCCGCCUCAGCUUCCUGUUCCGUCACCCCCGACAACUUCCUGCCGCCCUCCGUCACCUCCCCCCUGGAGGGUGCCGUCCACCUGCAGACCAGUGAUGUCAUCAUCCACCGCAAGGAGAACGAAGGCUUUGGCUUUGUUAUCAUCAGCUCGCUGAACCGACCGGAGAACGCUGCCAUCAUCAGUGAGUCAUACAUUCUUUCUCACGCACCAUAGAAAUAGAAUUACUAAAGUAAAACUACUAAAGUGAUUAUACAGUGCAUUCUGAAAGUAUUCAGACCGCUUGUCUUUUCAACACUUUAUUACAUUACAGCCUUAUUCUAAAAUGGAGUAAAUAACUUUUCCCCCCUCAUCAAUCGUCACACAACGCUCCAUACUGACAUUUUAAUUUUUUGCUAAUUUAUUACAAAUACAAAACUGAAAUGUCACAUUUACAUAAGUAUCUAGACGCUUUACUCAGUAUAGUUGAAGCAACUUUGGCAGAGAUUACAGCCUCGAGUCUUCUUGGGAAUAAAGCUACAAGCUUGACAGACCUGUAUUUAGGGAGUUUCUCCCAUCCUUCUCUGCAUGGAUGGGGACCGUCGGUGCACAGCUAUUUUUAGGAAUCUUCAGAGAUGCUAUCAAUCAAUCAAUCAAGUUUAUUUUAUAUAGCCCUUCGUACAUCAGCUAAUAUCUCGAAGUGCUGUACAGAAACCCAGCCUAAAACCCCAAACAGCAAGCAAUGCAGGUGUAGAAGCACGCUAGAUCGAGUUCAAGUCCGGGCUCUGGCUGGGCCACUCAAGGACAUUCAGAGACUUGUCCCGAAUCCACUCCUGCGUUGUCUUGGCUGUGUGCUUAGGGUUGUUGUCCUGUUGGAAGGUGAACCUUCGCCCCGGUCUGAGGUCCUGAGAGCUCUGGAACAGGUUUUUAUUAAGGAUCUCUUUGUACUUUUCUCCGUUCAUUUUUCUCUCUCAAUGGAAACAGGAUGCUGGAUGCAGGGUCUAAAUACUUAUGUAAAUAAGGUGUUUCUGUUGUUGUUGUUUUUAUACAUUUGAUACAUUUCUAAAAACCUGUUUUCACUCUGUCAUUAUGGGGUAUUGUGUGUAGAUUGCUGAGGGAAAAUGUAAUUUCAUAAAUUUUAGAAUAAGGCUGUAACGUAACAAA